CUCUCUCUCUCUCUCACACACACAAACAUACACCCCUUCACUGCCUUCCUGUCUUUUUUCCUCUUUCCCACACAGGUCCAUCUCCAGACUCCAGUGGCCAUCUAGGCAUCUACAACUCUAGAGACUUAUCUCCUCUCUCUCUCUCUCUCUCUGAGUCUCAGAACUCAGAUUGUUCAUUUUCUCUCAUAGGAUUGUUUCUAAGCCUUUGGUGUUUACCCCAACACAGCCUAUUCUUCAAUCGUUUAUUCGUUUGCAUCCUUACCCUCCUCAGUUCUUCGCUCCAAAUAUUGAAAUCACCAGAAAGCACCUUCCUUUUUUCUUUUCACGCCCAUCCAUCGUUCUCGUCGUCUUCCUGAACCAUCAUCCUCCAGAUUUACCUGAAAUGCAGGCUGUUUGGGGACUGUUUGGCCUCUGAUUCUUCAUUCAGCGCCUACCCUUUGGUGCUUCCAUUACACUCCACUGAUAAGCAGUUAUGAUUUUCUUGAAGAUUAUUGGCUUCCAAACGAUGUUGAAAUUUGGAGUUUCUACUAUUUCUGGGUAUCAUUGCUGUCGGUUUUGAGGUGCUUGUGUGUUGGGCUUCAGCAAAAUACUUUAGGGCUUUCAUCUGAAACCCAGUCCUGCAAUUAUCAGGUAUUUAGCGAGUGUGUGGAGGAUCUUGCUUCUACAUCUGUGUUAUUUUGCUUGAUUUUAAAUUCAGAAUCUCGAUAUUCACUGGUUUCUUUUGGACCGUUUGGACUUGAGGAGGAAGAUAAAGGGUUUAUUAUCUCGCAUUAAGCCUGUUUUUGACCCAAUUAUUGCAUAAUGGCGAAGAAUAAGGGAGGGUUUUGAUUUUGUUGAGGAAUGAAAUGCCCAGAAGAUUCCCAAGUUUUUUAGUCUUUGGCAUUGCCUUUGAGAGCUUCUUUUAAAAGGAUUCUAUUUCUGAAAGCAAAAGCUAGUUGUGAAAGGAAACAAGAGCUGUAACGGUUGAAACCUUCAAAGCUGCUUUAAUAGUCUCUGGGUAGAAUAUUUCUCUUUACCCACUGUCCGUUUUUUGUUAUUUUUUCAUUUAUUAGAGGAAAACGUGCCUGCCAAUUACAGAGUUUGAAGCGUCCUGGAACAAAUUUAUUGCAUAUCAUCACUUGGCUGUUCCGUUAUAAUUCUCUGAGAUUUGAGGCUCUCAAAUAUAAUAUUGGGUUUGACAUAGCUGGGUACCUCCAAAGUGAUAGCUAGCUACAAAUUGAGCUGAAUUGCCAAAAUAAUCAAAGCAUCGAUGGGACUUCAUCGAAGUCUCGCGAUGCAUGUGCUUGUUCUGAUGCUGUACUUUGAAAAAUUUCCUUAUGUGAAAACUCAGUCUACUGUUACAAAUGGAUCUUCAAGAAGCGAAGCAAGAGCCCUAGAUUCACUCCUUCAAGACUAUGCUUACAGGGCUUUGGUCAGACCAAUGACAGGUAAAAUUUAUGAUGGGACUGUACCUUCCAAUUUGACUGGAAUUAAUAUUGCAGCAUUGAGGCUGAGGAGUGGCAGUUUAAGGAGAAAGGGUGUUGCAAAGUACAAAGAGUUUGAAAUCCCCAAGGGACUUAUAGAGACUCCAUAUGUAAUAAGACUUGUUUUGGUGUACCAAAAUUUGGGCAAUUGGUCAAGAAGGUACUAUCAGACUCAGUUGCCAAAUUAUACUUUCUUGGCUCCAGUGCUGGGGCUUCUUGCUUAUGAUGGAACUGAUUUGUCUGCUACAAACCUCCAAGAACUGAAUAUAACUGCGUCUGGUGACCCCAUUUCAAUUAAGUUUGAUGGUGUAAGUCCGGCUCCUGAUGGCGCUGUUGCAAGAUGUGUCUUGUUUGACCUACAGGGAUCAUUCAAUUUCAGCAGUGUCACAGAAGCCAACACAUGUUCAACUUCCCAACAGGGACAUUUCUCUAUUGUGACUGAGUCCAUUGCUCCUUCUCCAUCGCCUCCACCCAGUCCUGGUGCUCCAAUAGCACCCCCGGCUCCUAGUGAGCGAGCAGGGAAGAAGAGUAACAAAAAAUUGUGGAUUAUUGUUGGGUCUGUUGUGGGUGGACUAGCCUUUCUGGUGUUGUUGUCAUUACUGGUUUUGUGGGUGCAGAAGUUCAAGCAAAAGAAGAGAAGGCAGCAGAUGGAAAAAGAAGCAGAGGUUGGAGAAGCUCUUCAAAUGGCCCCGGUUGGGGAUACGAAAGCUCCCACCGCAUUGGGUACUCGAACACAGCCAACACUCGAACAUGAAUAUGCGCCAUGAGAAUACUACUUUUGCAGAAUCUUGGGAUGUUCUUCCUCUGUAUUCAGGAAUUCUUCUGAUCUCACUCACACCUUUUUUUGGUGGUGUUGUGUUUCUUUUUAUUUUCCCCCUCUCAUCGUUUGCUUAGGCUCCUGGGUUUAUAAAUUGUUGGUAAUAUAGGAUUUUUAUGUAUAUCUGCUAUCUCUUUGUUGAUUCAUUGUGGUGUGAAUGUAGCGGCAAGCAACUCAAAGUGAUUCUAUAUGUGAUGAUUCAGUUGUUCCAUUGACAGAAUAAAAAAAAAAUGUAGCUUCUACAUUUUGAUCAUA